AUGCCAGACCCUAAUCCCAUUUUGGCAAGUCAAGCUACUCACUGAACCCCGGGCUUGCUCAGAGUCUUCAUUUAUAUCCUUUUAUAUCCUUUCUCUUCUCUUCUAUUCUUGGAGGCUCAAUGAGUCCUCAAUCUCCUUUAUGGUAUCUCUUCAACCUUCCCAGUCUGACAGCUUUUCUGAUUCAUCUUCUCCGUAUCUAUCUGUCUGCAUGUCUGUUGCUCUUUCUCUCUAUAAUUAUUGAUACCAAUAUUGCUAGUAAUUUUUAAUGUGUAUGUGUUUUCUCUUUCAUUCAUUUUAUUAAGUAAAUAUUUAGUAGGCGCCAGUUUCAUGUCCAGUGGCGAAAGGUCCCCGAGUCCUUCUUGACUCUCUCUCUUUCUCACUUCACAUCAAAUUUGUCAGAAAAGACAGGCUUUUCUUUGGAGAUCUACCCAGAACCAGGUACCUCCCACCACCUCCCUGAGGUCUCUUCUAACCUGGAUACAAUUUCUUCAGGAAUUUCCUGCUCCCACUGACAGUAUUCUCCAUUCAGCUUCCAGAAAGGUCUUUUGAACACCUAAGUCAGACCCAAUUUCUUAUCUGCUUAAAACCAACCUUUUUAAUUUCACUAAUGAUAGAAGCCAGAGUCCUUACAAUGGCCCAUGAAGGUCUGGGGAUCUGAAUUCCAGGUAACUGGUGAUACCAUUUCUCCCCAUCCCCCCUCUUUUUCUCUCCAGCCAUGCUGGCCUCCUGACUUCUUGGAAAGCCCAACCCUCUGCUGCCUAGGGCCUGAUGCAUUCCCUUUGCUUGCCACAGAUAACUGAUCUAUAACUUUCUUUCUCCUUCAGGACUUUGAGCAGUGUUCACCUAUUUUGAUCUCUCAAUCUAACAUUGCAUCCUGGCCCCAAUCCCUAAAGAUUCCCUCUUAUGGCUUUGCCAUCCCUGCAUGACAUUUUCAUUUUCUAACAUACUGCAUACAGUAACUACUCACUACAUGUAUUGCUUUUAAAAAUACAUUUUUAUUGAUUUCAGAGAGGAAGAGAGAGGGGGAGAAAGAGAUAGAAACAUCAAUGAUGAGAAUCAUUGAUUGGCUGCCUCCUGCAUGCCCCUAUUGGGAAUCGAGCCCGCAACCCGGGCAUGUGCCCUUGACCGGAAUCUCAAACCCAGGAUCCUCCAGUCUGCAGGAGGAUGCUCUAUCUAUCCACUGAGCCAAGCUUGCUAGGGCUGUAUUGCUUUUUGAAUGUCUUCCCCACUAGAAUAUAAUGUCCUAGAGGGCAUUCAUCUUUGUCCUAGAACAACGCUUGGCUUAUGGUAGCCACCCAAUACAGAUAUGUAGAAUGAAUGAAUGAAAGCAGCAAGAACAACUUCUCAGGUUGCUGUCCCACCUUCUCGCCCCUGCGGACCCGCGACCAGUGACCGCUACCAACCAAUCUGCCCUGUACUCGCGUGAACCAUGUCUGCUUCUUCCAGCGUCACUGCUCUGAAGAAAGUGGUUCAACAGCUCCAGCUGGAGGCCAGGCUCACCCGUGUGAAGGUUUCCCAGGCAGCUGCAGAUUGGAAACAAUUCUGUCUGCAGAAUGCUCAACAUGACCCUCUGCUGACUGGAGUAUCUUCAAGUACCAAUCCCUUCAGACCCCAGAAAGUUUGUUCCUUUUUGUAGUAAAAUGAAAUUUGAAAGUGUUCUAAACCACUUUUCUUGAACCGGUGAAUAUCCAAAGAGAGCUAAAUCUGAAGCCUGUACAAAAAGCUUAUCCUAUAACAUGUGCCACUCCAUACAAACUUCUGCUUUUGUCAGCCCUUAACACCUAUCUCUCUCUGAAUUUUCAUGAAUUUCUAUUUCACAAGAAUGAUUAUUUUAUAUACACUGGCAGCAGCAUACAAAUAUAAUACUUAGUAUAAAAAGUGAAAGAAAAAAAAGAACAACUUCCCAAAUAAACUACAGGCUCCUGAGGCUGGUCUUACACUUCCCUGGAUCUGAACCCCACUACUGUCCCUAAUACAAAGGAGUGAAUUCUUGGAUUAAGGCAGAAUGCAUUUAGGGUCAUUCUACUUUAUUCACUUACUUUUAUUUGGUAUUAUUUCUUUAGCAAAACUUAGCUUUAGAGUGUGGUUGGCAUCAUCCAGGUCAGGUUUCAGGUGUUUUUUUCUCCAGGCACUCGGGUGUCACCUGCCAGCAAACCUGGCCUCCUAACUGUCCGUGAUGCUCUGGACAACAUGUCUUCUCCUGUCCUCCCUCACUUGAUUGAUUUGAAACUGUAGAUCAGCACCAUCUAACAUAGAUAGAAUUUGAGCCAUAUAUGUAAUUUAAAAAUCUUCAGUAGCCAUACUAAAAAAGUAAAAGGAAAUAGGUGAGACUAAUAAUAAUAAUACAUUUUAUUUAACUCAAUACAUCCGAAAUAUUACCAUAUCACCAUGCAAUCAAUUAAAAAUU